ACCAGUCGAAGGGGUGCGGGAGUGGGGGAAAAGGGCCUCAUCUCUACAGCCAGUCCAAUUCGAGUCUUUCAACUGCGUGUUGCUGUGCUAUCGUAUAUACAAGAUUCUCUUUCAGUUUACAACUGUGAAGAGAAUAUCUUGAAGCACUAUAUUAAAGCAAAUCGAGAAUUAACUACAAAGUGUCUUCCUCGCCCUCGCAGAAAACAACGCGUGUUUUACAACAGAACACUAUCGAAUCAAGCGAUCGAAUUCGAUCAUUGGAUAAUAUAAAAAUGCGAUCAACAUCAAAAGUCGAUUAUUUCAUUACAAUAAGGCUUUUUUAUUUAUCUUCAUCCAUUUUUGUAAUCUUAAGAUGACAGUUCUGAUGAUGGAGCUAGCGUUACUGCCGACAAUGCACUUAUCUAUCUACAACAAGCUUUUCGAUCGUUGAACCGCGGAUAUUGAAGAUCCGCGAAGUGAAAACUUUCUGUGAAAUAUGAGAAACUCGAAAGUGAUACGAUAGUAAAAAAAAAAGAGAGAAAAAAGAAUAAAACAAUAUAUUUAGUAAGAUCGAAAAAAAUAGAAAGAGAAAAGAGAGCGAGCCGAGUAUUCGGCUUGACUCGAGUGCAGUGUACGGUGAUGCCGCGAGGAUGCCACCGUCGUCGAUUCUCUCAACACGAUAUACGGCGCGGUGGUAUCCCGUGAUUUACCGGGGCCUCACGACUCAAUGCCACGAUAUUACAUUAUUACUCGCGUGGUGUGGUGCAAGUGCAAGUGCAGGUGCAACUGUGAAGUGGUGCCACUUCAAUAACGAGGGCAUAUACGCGGGAUAUUACGUGACACGAGAAAGGAUUCGUAUUCGGUUAUGCAUCAAGUCAAGAAUCCUCGUAUCUAAUGAUUCGCGAGUGACGCUUUCGAAAACAAAUUGGUUAGUAUUUGUGUGUUUGUGUAUGUUCAUCACUUCAUGUUAUGCGGAAAAUAUUUUUUUUCCAAAGACAAGCAAUAAACCUGGCAUACGAAUAACACUCGUGCGAAAAACGGUGAAUUCGUAUUAUAACUUCUCGCCAGACUCGAGUAGUUCGAGCUAUACCGAGCAUCGUAGUUUCAGCAUCUUGGCUGUAGCAGAGAGAAAGCAACAGGGAAUGUUAAUUGGUCGUUUCACAAAUUAUAAAGGACCAGUAGAGAAUUCAACGACCAAGUUGCUAUCGCGUCCAUUAACAUACCUCAGUUCACCCUAUUGAUGUUGUACGUUAGCAAUGCUUAACAUUAACGAUGCAAAAAGAAACUAAUUACGGCAACCUGCAACCAUUUCUAUACAUCAUGAACUAUAUUGUAACCUAUUUUCCUUAUUUCUCGUACUUUCGACC